AUGGAGGGCCCUGUUUCCGGAAUGAUCGAAACUCUCGAAAGUGGAAUAGGUGCCGACAAAACGCACCAUGUCGAGAUGAAACGGAACCUCCACUCGGCUUUCGCCAUGCAUUCGUCCAUACAUCUAGCCGACCAGCGGGGCGGUUUCGAUGAGCGUUGUCGAGACCCCGGCCUCCUCGACAAAAUCAUGACUCCACCGCCCAUGGGCGCAGGCGACUUGUUCCCCGGGUGCCAUGUAUCAAAGUAUUCAUACGAGGAGUGGGAUGUCGACGUCAAGGACACCAUCACGAUGCACCUUUGUUUCGAACAGCCCAAUCACUUAGGUUUGCCACCGGAGGCUAUCGCAGCCAAUUUGGCGGUUGAGCUGUCUCCUCCCGCACCGCCCAACAGAGAGGGAGCGAAGUGGGAAAGGCAUCGAUACGGGCAGGUUUGGUUCCGGUUCAGCCUGAACAUGGAGACCGGCAUCUUCAACAUGGUGACCAAGAGUCUGGACUUGCCCGGGGAAUUACGAGCCAUCAGGAAACUUCUCGCCACCGCCGACCUGUUGUUCCAACCCGUCGUGGCGCCCUCUGGGGCAUCUAGCAAUGCGCCUGAUACCUCUGGCAGUAGAGCCGAUGUCGUUUCCGCUGAUACGGCUGCUGCCACUACAGCACUGGUGAACCUUCAAGGGGCUGGGGAUCAAGAGGUGGCGAAGUUGACGGCCGAGAGGGACAACGCGGAGACGGCAGAGAAGGGGCUGGAGAAGGUAGUCGAGGAGAGGGAUAGGUUGACGUCAAACUCCGAAAGGCAGGCCAAGCAAAUCACAGCCCUGAAUUAUGCUCAAGUAAAACUCAGGAAUGAGAACGCAAAACUCAAGGAGGAGCGGACAGAGGCGCAAAAUACAAAGAAGAAGUUGGAAAGAGAAGCCAAAGACCUCAGAGGGAAGAACGCCGUCUUGGAGGGAGAUCGGAAGGCCGAAAAGGACAGGCAGCAGAAGGCUCGUGAGGAGGAGGACAUGAGGCAGAAGAUGCUUGAUGCCAGAGAACAGAGCUUUUGUGAAUGGGAAAGGUUGCUCGAGCAGAGGGAAAGGUCACUGGCCGAGAGGAACACCAUGAACCCAGGAUCGCAUACCCAGAUGUCUUCCGAACAUAUCCAGCAACAGCCUCAACUUUACCCUGUGGGUCCGAACAGUCGCCAGUUCUACGCAGCUCUCGAGACAUUGCGGUAUUGUUUUCACCAAAACCUGAAUGCUGUGUCUUGGCAAGAGCAGCAGCUUCGGCAGAGCCACCAGGAGCUUGAGCAGAGAACUCAAGAAAUGCAGCGCACUUGGGGUGCCCAACUCAAAGAUCGGACGGCCCUGGAAGUCGAACUCGAGAAGAGGGAGAAAGGGCUGCAGAAAAAAGAGCUAGACCUGGAAAAGGCUGCCUGGGACCUUGCAGCCAAGGCCAAGGGCGCGCCUCAGCCGCAGCAGGAGGCCCUUCAGAAUGGGACUUCUCAAGCAGACAAUAACACCAUUCAGGAGAAGCCUUUCCGUCCGAUUCCGGCAUCUGACAAUGCGGCAAGUGAAAGAAGGCAAAGCAUUUGA